CAGACCGCCGCCAGCAAACACAAUGAGUGAAGCCGACGAGGCCAUGACCGGUGUAGACGGCGGUGAAUCGCGUCUGCCCCUCUCGGAAGACGAGACCAAGGUGCUGGAGCUGUACGACAGGCUGCAGGAGCUGCGGCUCGAAAUCGCCAUUAUCAACGCGCAGCAAGCCGAUGAUGAUGAGGACGUCACAGCGGCGCAAAAUGCUCUUCUUACAGCAAGAGCAAGGUACAGACUACGCAACGACGCAAUCGAAGCCGUCAUGGUCGCAAAUCCCAUCCUCAAGGCCGUCCACAGCGGCACGCAAGCAAACCCAAUAGAGCGAGAUCUCUUUCCUUACAUACAGCAGAGAGAUGAAACCUCCAUCUCGGUAGCCAAGCAUGCAGACAGCAUGACAAAGCUCCGCCGGGACCUGACCAGCGUCCAGGUGCAGAGUAUACGCGUAUGCCGCGACAACGUCAAGCUUACGGCACAGGUGUUCGAGCUCGCGGAGCAGGCCAAGCAGCGCAAGGCCGUCCGCCUGGACAACCCCGACGUCCAGCGGGAGAUGGACAAGUUGACAAGAGAGGUCAAGGCCAGCAGGCAGCGGUGGAAGGUUAUGAAGGGCGUAGCCAGUGGCAUCGUUGCCGGUAGUGGCGUUGACUGGGCUGCGGAUGAGGAGUUGCGCAACAUCGUAUUAGAUCCUGAGGAUGAAGACUAGAUGCCGACCGGCUGCUGGAAAGCUCAGUGUCUGUAUCCCGCCAAGGGGCCCAGCAU